AUGGGGAGGAUCAGGAAAAACCACUUUGGGAUUUUGACUUUUUCCCUGCUCGUCACUUUUGUCUGGACUCAAAGCGUCAAGGAUCUCAAAGAUCCCAGCAACAUGCCUCUGGUCAAAGAGACGGUGGACAGACUGAUGAACGGAUACGACAUUCGAUUGAGGCCCGAUUUUGGAGGUGCUCCUGUGGCCGUGGGCAUGAAUAUUGACAUAGCCAGCAUAGACAUGGUGUCCGAAGUCAACAUGGACUACACGUUGACCAUGUACUUCCAGCAAGCGUGGAGGGAUAAGCGGCUCUCAUACUCCGAGAUCGCCUACAACCUCACUCUGGACAACCGAGUUGCCGACCAGCUGUGGGUCCCGGACACUUACUUCCUCAACGACAAGAAGUCCUUUGUGCACGGCGUCACUGUCAAGAACAGGAUGAUCCGCCUGCAUCCCGAUGGCACCGUGCUUUAUGGACUCAGGAUCACCACCACUGCAGCCUGCAUGAUGGACCUUCGCCGCUACCCUCUCGAUGAGCAAAACUGCACCCUGGAGAUAGAAAGCUAUGGUUACACUACAGAUGAUAUCGAGUUCUACUGGCGAGGAGGAGAAGGUGCCGUUUCUGGCGUCGACAGGAUUGAGUUGCCACAGUUUUCUAUCGUCGACUAUAAACUCAUCUCCACAAAAGUGGUGUUCUCCACAGGCUCUUAUCCUCGCCUGUCCCUCAGCUUCAAACUGAAGAGGAACAUUGGUUACUUCAUCCUGCAGACAUACAUGCCUUCCAUCCUGAUUACCAUCCUCUCCUGGGUCUCCUUCUGGAUCAACUACGAUGCCUCUGCUGCCAGAGUGGCCCUGGGGAUCACCACGGUGCUGACCAUGACCACCAUCAACACGCACUUGCGAGAGACGCUCCCUAAGAUCCCCUACGUGAAGGCCAUAGACAUGUACCUGAUGGGGUGCUUCGUCUUCGUCUUCCUGGCCCUGCUGGAAUACGCCUUCGUCAACUACAUCUUCUUUGGCCAGGGCCCGCAAAGACAGAAGAAAGCGGCUGAGAAGGCGGCCACGGCCAAUAACGAGAAGCUUAGACCCGACCCCAACAAGUGGCUGGUGGGAAAUGUAGUUCAGAGAGAUGAUGCUCUGUAUGCCAGAAUGAAACAGAGGGAAAUUGACGCGUAUGACUCGAUGUGGGAUCCCAUCUUUGUGGACGAUGCCGCAUUAGGACUAGGCGAGCAAAGAAAUAAGAAUGAUGUAAAUGUCAAAGGUCAGAUGACUCCCGACGACAACAUCCUGUUCAGCACCCUGGAGAUGAAGAACGAAAUGGGGGCCGCCGGAGAUCUGUCCCGAGGCCUUGGAGCGCCCGGAGACCCCCGCAACACUAUGCUGGCCUACGAAAGCUCCACGCUGCAAUACCGCAGGGCGGCCAUGGCCCGCCAGAACUAUGGCCACAGCGCCUUGGAGCGCCACGCUCAGAAGAAGUCGCGCCUACGGAGACGGGCCUCGCAGCUCAAGGUGAACAUCCCGGACUUGUCCGACGUGAACUCUAUCGAUAAGUGGUCCAGGAUGAUCUUCCCCACCGUCUUCUCCUUCUUCAACGUGGUCUACUGGCUCUACUACGUCCAUUAA